GCUGACAUGACAUCAGCCACGGAGUUUGAAAGCGUGCCACCGUACAGCCGGAUCAAUGCCCGCUGGGAUGCCCCGGACAGUGAGCUGGAUAAUGACAACAGCUCAGCCAGGCUCUUUGAGAGGUCCCGGAUCAAGGCCUUGGCAGAUGAGCGAGAAGUUGUUCAGAAGAAGACCUUCACAAAAUGGGUGAACUCGAAUCUGGCUCAGGUGUCCUGCCACAUCAUUGACCUCUACAGAGACCUGCGGGAUGGGCGGAUGCUGAUUAAGCUGCUGGAGGUGCUCUCUGGAGAGAUGCUGCCAAAGCCCACGAAGGGCAGGAUGCGCAUCCACUGCCUGGAGAAUGUGGACAAGGCCCUGCAGUUCCUCAAGGAGCAGCGUGUGCACCUGGAGAACAUGGGCUCCCACGACAUUGUGGACGGCAACCACCGCCUAGUCCUGGGUCUCAUCUGGACCAUCAUCCUUCGCUUUCAGAUUCAGGACAUUGUAGUCCAAACUCUGGAAGGCCGUGAGACACGCUCAGCCAAGGAUGCAUUGCUGUUAUGGUGUCAGAUGAAGACGGCAGGCUACCCCAAAGUCAAUGUCACCAACUUCACCUCCAGCUGGAAGGAUGGUCUGGCCUUCAAUGCCCUGAUCCAUAAGCACCGGCCUGAGCUGAUCAACUUUGAAAAGCUGAAGGACUCCAAUGCCCGGCACAACCUGGAGAAUGCGUUUGAUGUGGCCGAGCGUCACCUGGGCAUCAUCCGGCUCCUGGACCCUGAAGAUGUCUUCACAGAAAACCCUGACGAGAGAUCCAUCAUGACCUACGUGGUAUCAUAUUACCACUACUUCUCUAAGAUGAAGGUGCUGGCGGUGGAGGGCAAGCGUGUCGGCAAGGUGAUCGACCAUGCCAUUGAGACCGAGAAGAUGAUUGAGAAGUAUGGUUGGCUGGCCUCGGACUUGCUCACCUGGAUCGAGCAGACCAUCACUGUCUUGAACAACCGCAAGUUUGCCAACUCCCUGACAGGCGUCCAACAACAGCUGCAGGCUUUCAGCACUUACCGCACUGUAGAGAAGCCGCCCAAGUUUCAGGAGAAGGGGAAUCUGGAAGUCCUACUUUUUACCAUCCAGUCCCGAAUGAGAGCCAACAAUCAGAAAGUGUACACACCACAUGAAGGGAAACUGGUGUCUGACAUCAACCGGGCCUGGGAAAGCCUAGAGGAAGCUGAGUAUCAGCGGGAGCUGGCCCUGAGAAAUGAGCUCAUCCGGCAGGAGAAGCUGGAGCAGCUGGCCCGGCGCUUUGACCGAAAGGCUGCAAUGAGGGAGACAUGGCUCAAUGAAAACCAGCGCCUUGUGACCCAGGAUAACUUCGGUUAUGACCUGGGAGCUGUGGAGGCUGCCAAGAAGAAGCACGAGGCCCUUGAGACCGACACGGCUGCCUACGAGGGGCGUGUGAAGGCCCUGGAGGACCUGGCCCAGGAGCUGGAGAAGGAGGAUUACCAUGACCAGAAGCGCAUCACGGCCCGAAAGGACAACAUCCUGCGCCUGUGGCGCUACCUGCUGGAGCUGCUGGAUGCCCGGCGCCAGAGGCUGCAGAAGACCCUGGAGCUGCAGAAACUCUUCCAGGACAUGCUACACAGCAUCGACUGGAUGGACGAGAUCAAGGCUUACCUCUUGUCUGCUGAAUUUGGGAAGCACUUGUUGGAGGUAGAGGACUUGCUACAGAAGCACAAGUUGAUGGAGGCCGACAUUGCCAUCCAAGGGGACAAAGUGAAGGCCAUCACUGCAGCCACCCUGCAGUUCACGGAAGAGCAAGGAUAUCAGCCUUGCGACCCCCAAGUCAUCAAGGAUCGUGUCAGCCACCUGGAGCAGUGCUUUGAGGAGCUGAGCAACAUGGCAGCUGGACGAAAGGCCCAGCUGGAGCAGUCCAAGAGGCUCUGGAAGUUCUUUUGGGAGAUGGAUGAAGCCGAGAGCUGGGUCAAGGAGAAGGAGCAAAUCUACUCCUCCCUGGACUAUGGCAAGGACCUGACCAGCGUGCUCAUCUUGCGGCGCAAGCAUAAGGCCUUUGAGGAUGAGCUCCGCGGUUUGGACACCCACCUGAAGCAGAUCUUCCAGGAGGCUGAGGACAUGGUUGAACGCAAGCAGUUUGGGCACCCACAGAUCGAGGCCCGUAUCAAGGAGGUGUUGGCCCAGUGGGAACAGCUGAAGGAGCUGGCUGCCUUUCGCAAGAAGAACCUCCAGGAUGCUGAGGCCUUCUUCCAGUUCCAGGGUGAUGCGGAUGACCUGAAAGCCUGGCUUCAAGAUGCCCUCCGGCUCCUCUCAGGCAAAGAUGUGGGGCAGGAUGAAGGGGCCACACGGGCCCUGGAGAAGAAGCACAAAGACUUCCUGGAGGAGCUGGAUGAGAGCCGUGGGGUGAUGGAGCAUCUGGAACAGCAGGCCCAGGAAUUUCCUCAAGAGUUUCGGGAUUCCCCAGAUGUGACCAACCGGCUGCAGGCCCUCCGCGAGCUCUACCAGCAGGUGAUGGCCCAGGCGGACCUGCGUCGGCAGAGGCUGCAGGAUGCCCUGGGCCUCUACACGGUGUUUGGGGAGACAGAAGCCUGUGAGCUGUGGAUGGGCGAGAAGGAGAAGUGGCUGUCCGAGAUGGAUAUCCCGGAUACUCUGGAGGACCUGGAGGUCGUGCAGCACAGGUUCGAUACCUUGGACCAGGAGAUGAAGACUCUGAUGGUUCAGAUUGAUGAUGUGAACCAUGCUGCCAACAGCCUGGUUGAGAGUGGCCACCCACGCAGUGGAGAAGUGAAGAAGUACCAGGACCAGCUGAACACCAGGUGGCAGGCAUUCAAGACCAUGGUGGCGGAGCGGAGGAAGGCAGUGGACUCGGCCCUCCGGGUGCACAACUACUGUGUGGACUGUGAGGAGACCAGCAAGUGGAUCAAGGACAAGACGGAGGUAGUAGAGUCCACAAAGGACCUGGGCAAGGACCUGGCAGGGGUCAUCGCCAUCCAGCGGAAGUUGUCAGGGCUGGAGCGCGAUGUGGCUGCCAUCCAGGAUCGUGUGAGUACCCUGGAGCGUGAGUCACAGGAGCUGAUGGAGUUACACCCCGAGCAGAAGGAGGACAUUAGACAGAGGCAAGAAGGUGUAGAGUUGCUGUGGCAGGGUCUGCAGCAAGCCCUGCAGGGCCAGGAGGCCUCCCUGGGGGAAGCCAGCCAGCUGCAGGCCUUCCUACAGAAACUGGAUAAAUUCCAGGCCUGGCUUUCCAUGGCCCAGAAGGCUGUGGCCUCUGAGGACACGCCUGAGUCACUCCCAGAGGCUGAGAAGCUCCUGCAGGAUCAUACAAAGAUCAAGGAUGAUAUUGAUGGGCACCAGGAGCCCUAUCAAGAUGUCAAAGCAUCCGGGGAGAAGGUGAUCCGCGACCAGACAGACCCCGAGUACCAGCUCCUGAGCCAGCGGCUGGCGGGCCUGGACACUGGCUGGGACGCCCUGCACCGGAUGUGGGAAAGCCGUGGCCGCACACUCAACCAGUGCCUUGGCUUCCAGGAGUUCCAGAGGGAUGCCAAGCAGGCUGAAGCCAUCCUCAGCAGCCAGGAAUAUACUCUGGCUCACUUGGAGUCCCCAGACUCCCCUGAAGCUGCAGAGGCUGGGAUCCAGAAGUUUGAAGAUUUCUUGGUGUCUAUGGAGAACAACCGAAAUAAAGUCUUAAGUCCUGUGGAUUCUGGAAACAAGCUGGUAGCCGAGGGAAACCUCUACUCAGAAAAGAUCAAAGAGAAGGUGCAGCUGAUUGAGGACAGGCACAGAAAGAAUGACGAGAAGGCCCAGGAGUCCUUGGUUCUUCUGAGAGACAACCUGGGGUUGCAGCACUUCCUCCAGAACUGCCAGGAGCUCACUCUCUGGAUCAAUGAUAAGCUGCUGACAUCUCAGGAUGUUUCCUAUGAUGAAUCGCGAAACCUUCACAACAGAUGGCUGAAGCACCAGGCAUUUGUGGCAGAGUUGGCUUCCCACCAAGGGUGGCUAGAGAGCAUUGACGCAGAAGGAAAGCACCUGAUAGAAGAGAAGCCCCAGUUUGCAAGCAUUGUGACCCAGAGGCUGAAAGACUUGCACCAGCUCUGGGAUGAGCUGCAGGCCACCACACAGAAGAAGACCCAACAACUCUCAGCUGCCCGGAGCUCUGACCUGCGUUCACAGACGCGUGCCGACCUCAACAAGUGGAUCAGCGCCAUGGAGGACCAGCUGCGUUCGGAUGACCCGGGCAAGGACCUGACCAGUGUCAACCGGAUGUUGGCGAAACUGAAGCGAGUGGAGGACCAAUUGAUUGUGCGGAAGGAGGAGCUGGGGGAGUUAUUUGCCCAGGCACCCUCACCUGAAGAGGAGGUGGGGGAUGCAGACGUGAGCAUCGAGAAGCGGUUCCUGAACCUCCUGGAGCCCCUGGAAAGGAGGAAGAAGCAGCUGGAAUCAUCUAGAGCCAAGCUGCAGAUCAGCCGGGACUUAGAGGAUGAGACGCUCUGGGUGGAGGAGAGGCUGCCUCUGGCCCUGUCGGAUGACUAUGGCAUUAAUCUGCAAACCGUUCAGCUAUUCAUGAAGAAGAACCAGACGCUGCAGAACGAGAUCCAGGGCCACAUGCCACGGAUCGAGGACGUGCUGCACAGAGGCCACGAGCUGGUGAAUGCGGGUGAGAUCGAUGACUGCCAGGACAUCAGGGAGCGCCUAGAACACCUGGAGGGCUCAUGGGACAGGCUGCAGGAGGCAGCAUCCAAGCGGCUGCAGCGCCUGCAGGAUGCCAAUGAGGCCCAGCAGUACUAUCUGGAUGCAGGAGAGGCCGAGGCCUGGAUCACCGAGCAGGGAGUCUACGUCAUCUCCCACGAGAUACCCAAGGAUGAAGAGAACGCCAUUGUGAUGCUUAAGCGGCAUUUGCGACAGCAGCGUGCGGUGGAGGAGUAUGGCAGGAACAUCAAGCAGCUGGCAGGCCGCGCCCAGCGUCUGCUGUCUGCAGGCCACCCUGAGGGGGAACAGAUCAUCAGACUUCAGGGGCAAGUGGACAAGAAGUAUGCAGGGCUAAAGGACAUGGCAGAGGAACGCAGGCGGGACCUGGAGAACAAGUAUCACCUGUACCAGCUGAAGAGGGAGAAAGACGACUUGGAGCAGUGGAUUUUAGAAAAGGAGAAGGUUGCAUCUUCCACAGAAAUAGGUCAAGACUUUGACCAGAUUACUCUGCUCCGGGACAAGUUCCGGGACUUUGCUCGGGAGACUGGGACAAUCGGGCAGGAGCGGGUGGACUACGUGAAUGGCUAUAUCGAUCGGCUUAUCGACAUGGGCCACAACGAAGCGGCCACUAUCGCUGAGUGGAAGGAUGAGCUGAAUGAGAUGUGGGCGGACCUGCUGGAACUCAUCGACACACACAUGCAGCUGCUGGCUGCCUCCUACGACCAGCACCGCUACUUCUACACCGGCACCGAGAUCCUGGGCCUCAUAGACGAGAAGCACCGCGAGCUACCUGAGGACGUGGGGCUGGAUGCCAGCACCGCAGAGUCCUUCCACCGGGUGCACACUGCCUUCGAGCGGGAGCUCCAACUGCUGGGCGAGCAGGUACAGCAGUUCCAGAACGUGGCCACUCAACUGCAGGCAGCGUACGCUGGGGAACGGGCCGAACCUCUCCAGAAAAAAGAGCAGGAGGUGUCUGCUGCGUGGCAGGUACUGCUCGAUGCCUGUGCUGGGCGCCGGACCCAGCUGGUGGACACGGCUGACAAAUUCCGCUUCUUCAACAUGGCCCAUGACCUCCUGUCUUGGAUGGAGAGCAUCAUCCGGCAGAUCGAGACCCAGGAGAAGCCCAGGGACGUCUCCUCUGUGGAGCUGCUCAUGAAGUACCACCAGGGCAUCUCAGCAGAGAUCGAAACCCGGAGCAAGAACUUCAGCGCCUGCCUGGACCUCGGCAAGUCCCUGAUGCAGCGGCAGCACCAGGCCUCAGAGGAGAUCACUGAGAAACUGCAGCAGUUGGUGUCCAGGUCGAAGGAGAUGAAGGAGAAGUGGGAGACUCGCUGGGAGCGGCUCAGCAUGUUGCUGGAGGUGUGCCAGUUCUCUCGGGAUGCCUCUGUGGCCGAAGCGUGGCUGAUUGCCCAGGAGCCCUACCUGGCCAGCCAGGACUUUGGCAGCACAGUGGACGGCGUGGAGAAACUCAUCAGGAGGCAUGAGGCAUUUGAGAAAUCCACAGCCACCUGGGCGGAGCGCUUUGCUGCCCUGGAGAAGCCCACCAUGCUUGAGCUAAAGGAACGCCCGACCCCAGAGGGACCCACAGAGGAGACAGAGGCUCAAGAGGAGGAAGGCGAGACAGCAGGGGAGGCUCCCCAAGGUCCCCAUCGUACAACCACCGAGAGAACGUCCCCGGGGGAAGAAGAGAGGCUUCAGCCUCAGGACCUGCAGCCGCCACCACCACCAGGGCAGCAGACAGAAUGCCAGGAGGAGAAGUCCAGCAGGGAUGAGAGGCCAGCCACGGAGCCUCUCUUUAAGGUCCUGGACACACCUCUGAGUGAGGGCGAGGAGCCCACGACAUUGCCGGCCCAGCGGGACCACGGGCACAGUGUGCAGAUGGAGGGCUACCUGGGCCGCAAGCACGACCUGGAGGGGCCCAACAAGAAGGCAUCCAACAGGUCCUGGAACAACCUGUACUGUGUGCUCAGGAAUAGUGAGUUGACCUUCUACAAAGAUGCCAAGAAUCUGGCCCUGGGAGUACCCUACCAUGGGGAGGAACCCCUGGCCCUGAGACAUGCCAUCUGUGAGAUUGCUGCCAACUACAAGAAGAAGAAACAUGUCUUCAAGCUGAGGUUGAGUAAUGGCAGCGAGUGGCUCUUCCACGGCAAGGAUGAGGAGGAGAUGCUGUCCUGGCUGCAGGGCGUGAGCACCGCCAUCAACGAGUCCCAGAGCAUCCGCGUCAAGGCGCAGAGCCUGCCGCUGCCCUCCAUCGCCAGCACCGACGCCAGCCUCGGCAAGAAAGACAAAGAGAAGAGAUUCAGCUUCUUCCCCAAAAAGAAGUAG